AUGGGUAUUAAAAAGAAAAUAGUCAUCAUACUUGCAUUUGUAAUAAGGUUUGGUAUAUUCAUAAUAGCACCAAGUAUAGCUAAUUCGUUAGAAGAAUCAAUUGAAUUCUCAACUUUGAUUACAUCUUACAAAUCAUUAAAAGAGGGUCUUUUCCUUUAUUCAAAUAAUAUAAACCCGUACGAUGGAGGUGUGGUACAUCAUCAACCUUUGUUGAUCAUAUUGUAUCAAUAUUUUCAAGAUUUUGAUCAAUUAUUGUAUUCAAUUGUUGAUAGUUAUAUUGUUUAUUAUUUGAUCCGUAUAAGUGCAAACAUAUCAUCAAAGAAUGAAACUAUUUUUUUCAAACCUUGGAUUGUUGGUUUGAUUUAUGCAUUAAAUCCACUAGCUAUUCUAAGUACAUUGAGUAAAUCUACUGUUUUGUUUCAAAAUUUCUUCAUUGUGUGGACAUUAAACUCUGCUUUAAAUAAUGAUGUAUUUUUAACAGGUGUUGGUAUUAGUAUUGCUUCAUAUUUAUCAUAUCAUCCAAUCUUUUUAGUGAUUCCAUUGAUCAAAUUAAUUCAUCAAAACAACAAUGGUCAAAAUCAAAAAGUAUGGCUGUUUUUGGUUUCAACAGUGAUAUCGUUAGGUUUAUUGAUUGGAUCAAGUUUCUACAUCUUGGGUCAAGAUUGGAAAUUUAUUGAAUCAACUUAUGGAACUGUGUUAAAAUUUACUAAAAUUGCCCCAAAUCUAGGUUUAUGGUGGUAUUAUUUCACUGAAAUGUUUGAAUUUUUCAUUCCUUUCUAUAACUCAGUGUUCAAUUUAUACAAUAUUUCAUUUGUUUUACCAUUAACAAUCAGAUUGAAUGGUAUUUUUGCAUUUAUUUUAAGUUGGGGUUGGUUGAUCUUCUCUAAAAGUUAUCCAUCAUUAGGUGAUUUAUCACUUUACAUCUCAUUGUUGUUUUUAUUAAAACCUGUUUUCCCAUUCUUGAGAUAUCCAGUCAUUUCCAUUUUGUUAUUAUUACAUUCAAUCAUAUUGUCACCAAUUUUUUACCAUCUUUGGAUUGAUUUAGGAUCUGGUAACUCCAAUUUCUUUUAUGCCAUCACAUUGGUGUACUCCUUGGGUAUUAUUAGCACAUUGGUUGACUUCACAUGGGGAUAUUUGAGAUAUGAAUAUGACUCUGAUGAGUCAAAUGUCAAGUUAAAAGUUACUCAGAUUUGA